CCUGCUCACGAACAGUCAAACUUCUAUACUACUUCUUUGCUUAUAGUUAUCAUGAAUCCUUCCUUUCUUUUCGAUUGAAUAUAUCGUUCUCUAUUGAAUCAAUGUGACUCUCCCGUGUUAUCCUAUAUUUUCGAUUUUCUCGGAAUUGCUUCGUUAGUCAUGCCCCUAGCUCCAACUCCGGAUCAACCCAAGUAUGACUAUGCUUCUGCCACCAAUGCCGAUUUGGUCUGGAUAUCUGACCUCGACUCCUCUCGGAAACUCGUAAAAGCUCAUGUCGCAAGAAGCACCCACGCAAGAGCCAGAAGAAAACGUAUGGUGGAAUACCAACGUGUGACGGUACAGCAAAACCAACAGGGGGAAGGAAGCAGUACUCGUGUCGAGCUGGACUUCCAGGAAUCAACUCCAUCAUGUCUUACUCUCGCCGACUAUACCGUUAAUGAUGUGAACCGGCAUUAUAGAGAUAUUUCCCGUACAUGUGCUCCUUUUGGGAGUCGGACUAGUAACUCUCUUGUAUCUCUCAUGCCAUCACCAUACACAGACAGAGACCUAUUUAACUACCUCCCCGGUCCAAUACCCGAAUUUGAAUCAUUUCUCUUGAAUCAUUAUAUCUACGCAAUUGUUAAAAAAAGUAGUGGAGGUCGCUUCACUUCUUACGAAAACGCAGCUCUGCGGGAUUGGCUUCCAUUUGCCAUCGCUGACCCUGGAAUGCGAAUGGGCAUAUUAUUAUGCGCUUCGCAGAGCCUCCAUGUCCGUACAGGCGCUUUGCGUUAUCGCCGGUGCGCGCUGCGCUACAAGAUGGCCUGCUUGCGCAUACUUGGCAAUGCGAUUAGACCUAUUCUUGGAACCACCGACUCCCCUUUUACAGCUAAGAUCGAUGAUGCAACGAUCUCAAUCGCGCUACAGCUUGCGUCGGAUGAAUUUGUUUUAGGGGACUCCGUCGCGUGGGAGAGCCAUAUCAAUGGUAUAGGUGAGAUGAUUAAAUUGAAUGGAGGUUUGGACAACAUUAAGGGUAUGAAUGGCUUCUUGAGGUUGAUGCUAGAAGUGCUGGCGUUCAAACACCAACGCAGAAUGAUAUCAACAGCUAGGUCGGAUGUCAACGAUAUUUCAAAGUUGUAUAGACUGGAGUACUUCUUUGGAAAUGACUUCGCUGAGUCAUUAUAUCGUUAUUACUCCGCCAAGGAGAGUGCGAAUGAGAUCCAUCUUGGAUGGUCCGGCUGAGAGAACAGGACUAAUACCUAGUGACCUAUGCUCCCUCCAUCAGAUCACGGCUCGAUAUGAUUACCUACCUACCUAGACAUUCAAUUUACCUAGGUAGACAGUAGGUGUAUUUCCUAUUGACAAGUGUACAGGUAUAUAGACCUAGAUCUCCCUCAUGGCCACCAUGACGACUUGUUCUCAAUCCAAGUUAAGAGAGGUCAAGGUAGGCUAAAAUUAUUAAUCAUUUAGGGACAUCCGAAAAGAAAAGAAACUGGAA